UGUAAAUAAGUACUCCCUAGGGCCAGGAGUUUUUAAUAACAUCUGACCUGAUUUAGAACAAAUCUGGUCCCGUAACAGCCCAUAUCAAACCGUUUUAAGAGUUGAUUUGACUUUAUUACUAUUUUUAUUUUUAACACCUUGCACUGCCACCCUUUUUGUAUUAUUUUUUGCAUCUUGGCCUCCUUGGGUUAUUCCUUUUCAUGGUUUGUGUGCAAGUACCUUUUGAACUCUGUCAUACACUGGUCUACAACUAGGGGCAAGAGUUUUACCUGGUUAGGUAAACCAUCCAGAUCAGGAAACAACAAUCCCACCACCACCACUGGCUUUGGGACAUGUGGUGCCACCUCUGAAAUCACCACACAAUGCUACAAACAUAUCCUUUGAUUAUGGUCUAUCUCAACAUUUCGACUUAGUAUCUAGAAAUGUUUACUUGCAUAUCUCGUAAUUUCGAAUACAUAUCUUCAAAAAUUUUACUUGCAUACCAUGAAAUUUCGAGUUAAUAUUGACAUAAAAAAUAUUUUAAGAAAUGGUGGCGGGAAUGGGCUUCCACAAUAACUUGUGUCUGGCGCUUUUGUAACAACCUGCGGUUACAAAACUGGUAGUUAAAAACAUUCAGACCUUCUGUUAUGAAGAAGAGUCAUGACCCAUCCCCCCUGAGUAACCUCUUGAAAUUCCUCUAGUCCAGUGUUGAAUUGCGUUCGUCGGAGAUGGCGAUGGAGAAUUUCAAGCAGUUCCUGUUCGCGCUGUCGGCCGCUGUAUCCGUUGGUUUUGUGUCGAUAAUUUUUGUUUUGAGAUGGGUAUUCUACUUCAAGGAAGGUUUAGCAUGGGAUGGAGGAUUUGCGGAAUUCAAUUGGCACCCUGUUUUAAUCGUUACCGGGUUCAUUUUUAUGCAGGGAAUUGCCAUUGUGGUGUAUAGGUUGCCAUGGACCUGGAAGUGCAGCAAGUUAAUGAUGAAGUUUAUUCAUGCUGGCUUAAACAUAUUGGCCUUCAUUUUCGCUGUCAUAUCUCUGGUAGCAGUAUUUGACUUCCACAAUGCACAAAUCAUCCCCAACAUGUAUAGCCUGCACAGCUGGGUGGGGCUAGCAGCAGUGAUACUAUAUUCACUACAGCUUGUUCUGGGAGUGUGUAUAUACUUGAUACCCAUCACCCCGAUAUACCUGAGAGCAGCAUUUAUGCCCCUGCACGUCUACAGUGGCCUGUUCAUCUUUGCCAGUGUCAUAGCCACAGCACUCAUGGGCAUCACAGAGAAGCUCAUUUUUGGCCUGAAAUAUCCCAAGUACAAGGACUCUCCCCCAGAGGCCAACUUUGUGAAUGUGCUGGGAGUAUUGAUAGUCGUUUUUGGCGCAAUAAUUCUCUGGAUCGCUACUCGCCCCUCUUGGAAACGCCCCAGUGAGCAGGUCCUGCGCUCCCUGCCAACUUACAGGGAUGGGUCAGCUGGCACCAAAAUGGGCACUGCCCUGUCACAACAAACUGACCCGAUUGACCCCGAAGGCAAUGGAGAUGCCAGAAGAAGGAGUGGUAAAUUGGAGGACUCAGGACAGGUCAACUGAGUAACAUGAAAAUCAACUGCUGGUUCUGUCUGUUUGUUGAUGCUUUAAAAAGUUGCAUGGAUCCACUGUUCUGGCAGUCCCAAAGAAAAUGUAAACCUUUGUAUUAACUAUUGUUCCAAAUAGCACCUUGAGGAAUUGUUCCCAACCUUUCCAGAAUGUUGACCUUUAAUUAAGCAGUUUUUUAUUUUGUAAUUUUUUACAAAUAAAUUAAACAGCUCAAUUUGAUAUCAUUGAAUAAUGAUUUGAUAAAGGAUUACACUAGCCUAUUGAAGCAUAGAAAAAUAAUAAUCAAAUACAUAUUCUUUACAUUUGUAUAGCUUUUAUAACGAUUACAUACUGUAUUCUUCAGUGUUUUUAUUUUCAUUUAAGGGAGCAAUUACAGAAUCAACACAUCUUUAGGGAAGGGAUGUGAGAGGUGAAUCCAUUAUAAUCCAAAUAUAUAAUGUAAUAUUACAUAUAGGCCUACCUAAAGGCAAUAAUGGGCAAACAAAGUUCCUCAUUACUUUGUUCAAUGCACUGUGUACCUGGGGUUUCAUACAGUGAGAAAUUCAUAAUUGCGGCAUAAAAUUAAAGCAUAUUUUACAAAUGA